AUGUUCUCUCUAGCCCGUCAUUUCCCUGGAGUCCGCUCCAAGCCUCUCCUCCUCACCAGCCAAAAUUUCCCCCGAUCGACUCAGGUACCCCACCGCCUGUAUUCGAACCCUCCGAGAUCUUCGCCGCCACGCGCACCCUCCUCCGCCCCUCAAUCCAGCCGCUCCAAUUUCCCGAUCAUCCCGAUCAUCAUCAUAACUGCCAUCAGCUCCGGCGCCUACGUUUACCUCGUGAAGUCCCGAGCCGGUAUCAACAAACGCCCCAAUUAA